CUUGCGUAGGGGAGGGUCUCAAGAACGUUAUGAAUGCACGGCCCGCUGGCUGCCUCUUCACCAGGAACAUGGACGGCAGCGGCAGUGAGCGGUGGUCCCAGCAGUUGAUGGAAGGCUCCCAGGACUUCACGUGGCUGGGAGGUUCUCAAGAGCCGCAACGGUCCAUUGGAGUGUCGGGCGUGACUGUGGUGAGGCCGACAGCGGUGAGCUGGAGCCAUGGCGCAAUGGGUCGUGGUGGCGGGGCUCGAAUGCCGCCGACACAGCCGUCCCUACAACAACCUGCCCUCCUGCCUGACCCCCGCGACGUAACCUUAGCGCGGGAUAUCAGGGUCGGGCUGCACACUAUUCUCUCCGUGAUGAGCAGCGUGCCGGAGCAGCUGAAGGAGGUGGGGGUGGAGAUGGGCCGGGUCGUGCAGUGCCACCAGCAGGAGCAGCAGCGGGAGCCCUACCACCACGAGGAGACCCGCAAGGUGAUCAGGGACACCGGUGACACCCUCCACGCUCUCCUGACGGGGCUGCAGGAGGCCGUCACUCGCGUCAGAGAAGGUCAGGACCAGGGCGCGUCACUACAGAAGGAGGCGAUGAAGAAGCAUGACAAGCAGAUGGAUGAGCUGAUCAAGGGAAUGGAGAGGCUUGGGUGGCGCGGGUCGGAGCAGCAAGGGCAGGAGGAGCAGGAUGAGGAGGAGGAGCGGCGGGCGCAUAGGGAGCGGGAGCGGCUGCAGGAGGCGCUGACGGAGACCAAGAAGGAAAUGAGGCGGCAGGUGCGGAGACUGAAGGCGGCGGCGACGGGGAGGACGGCUAGCAUUGAGAAGUCAGUGGAAGACCUUCAGGAGGGCGUAGUCAAGGUGCGUGAGACCCUAGAGGAGGUGAGGGGCUUAGUGGCGUCCCCGCUGGACAGUAAGGACAACAGUGGUGGCUGCAGUGUUUCUCCUGCAGCCUCGUCCCUUCGUCAGAUGGUCGCCUCCACUAGGACUGGUCUGGACGAGGUGUUGGCGUCGAUCAGGGGCGUGGAGCAGGUCCUCUCUGGCUUAUCCUCUCACCUGUUUGCGGACAUCAGCCAGGCGGUGCGGGACGCCCUGCAGCAGCACUCCGUCAUCCUGAGAGCAAAUAAUAACGGCGGCGCCACAUGCAGUAGCCACCCUAACUCGUCCAUCUCCGUCAGCCCCACCCAGAGGAUCUUCUCAGCCCAUCGCCCCGUCCUGCCGCUCAAUGAGAGUUUCAGCUUGUGCCAGACAUCCCCUGUGGCCCACGUGUCCCCCAUCACCCAGGUGCCCCCCUUAGACACCCACACAACCACCACCAUCACCACCACCUCCACACACCAGGCCAUCUCCACCUCCACCAGCGACUCCUCCCUCCACCAGCUGCACCAUCACCACCAUCACACACCACAGCAGCCACCCACAAGUGAUUCUGUACACCAUCCACAGACUGCUCCACCUCCACCACACUCCACAGCCAGGAACCACAGCAGACCACACCCACAGCCUGUCAACACAAGAGUAGACCAGCCACAUCGUGUAAACAGCAACAGGGCAGCUCUUCCACCACAGCGCCCACAGCAGAUGAACCCACACCACUCAAAACCUUCACAGUCACAGCAACUGCAUCCAACAGCACCCCGUCCACAGCAGUCAAGCGCUAGACACUCACACUCACAGCAUUUCAACCCACGGGCAUCGCAUCCACAGCAUUUAAGCUCCAGACCAUCUGUCCCACAGCAAACACAGCCUAGACCUCCCCGCCCACAGCAACCACAAGCCAGGCCUCCUCAGCUAACACAGUGCCACCCACAGUUAAAACUAAGGCCACAGCUUCCACAGCAAGUAACCCUCAGGACACUUAAGCCACAGCAAGGCAAUACAGAUACACACAGCUCACAGCGUAUCAAUAUCAGAGUGGCUAGGGUACAGAAAGCCACCCCACCAAAGACAGGACCUCCACAGCAAACACAGCAAGCAAGAUCAGUGAGUAACGAAGUUUAUUCGACUAGUCAGCCAUCACAGCAUCCACAGCCCCCGUCACAGCCACAACACGCUGCCUGCAAGCAAUGCCCUCCCUCACAGCAGAACAGUAUACCAGUUUCCACACAGCACUACCAUAACCUGAGACCAAGACCAAGGCCACACCAUUACACAGCACCUAAAGCUCGAUCACAGCCACAGCAGAUGAAAAUUGUAAGGCCACAAUCGCCUCCCCCACAGCAUAAGAGUAUCAAAAAAGCCCCACAUUUUCAACAUAACCACCUACCUCCACAGGAUAAUAAUCUGAAAAAGGCCCCACAGCAUCAACAUAAUCACCCACCACAGCAUAAAAAUAUCCAAAAGGCCCCACAGCAUCAACAUAAUCACCUGCCAUCACCACCACCACCACAGCAGCAGCAUAACAAUCUCAAAAAUGGCCCACAGCAUCAGUAUAGCCCCACACCACCAACACAGCAUUCACAGCACCACCAGCACAACCCCACACGCGUAGAACCACAGCACAACAAAGUCAGGGUUACCACAGUGCGACGGUGCAUCUUCAAGGCCGCACAGUCGCGCCCUUCACAGCAACACACCUCAAACUGUCACACUGGACCACCACAGCAAUAUAUUACCAACUCUCCAUUCACACAGCAAGGCCGUAGUACACCGCACCACGGCUCCACCACACAGAGCACUUUAUUGACUAGCACUCCAAAGCCCACGUGUCAGCCACAGCCGCAGACCACAGCGUGGGGGAACCAGUACCCCUCCUCAAACCCCAACACCCCAGGCCAAUGGUCACAGCAGGAGGAUGAUUUCAACGCUGGGGGCAUCUUGGUGGAUCAUGAGGAGAUUGUGACGACGAGUUUUGACGAAGGGAGACCUGGAAAUGAGGAGCAAGAGGCGGAGGAGGAGGAGGAGGAGGAGGCUGAGAACAAUGAUACAAGCAAUCGCCAAGUCUGUCUGCAAUGUAACCCCUCGAGGCACUGUGAUAACGAUGCUGGGGUGGAGUGUCAAGGGGAUGGGGAUGCUGGCGAGGGCACGGAAGAAGGGACAGCAGGAGGAGGGCGGGACUGCUUCUCUUCCGCAAGCUGUGAGUUGGAAUGGGCGAGCACCCAGCGCUUCACCCCGCAGAACACUUACCCCCUCGUUAAGUUUGUGUCUGACGGUGAUGGCAAGGAUGCUUUGGACUACGACACCACGAGUACUGAGGACUCUCCUGUCAUGUCCCCGAGGAACACACUGGCUUCCCUGGGCGGCUCACCACCACCAACUGGAGCGCCGCCCUCAGAUCCAGCGACCCAGCGGCAGACGAGAGACAUGUUUAGUGACAGCACACGCAACGCCCCUCAGCCAAACACCGGACCCACUCACCACACCUUCCCGAGACACGUACCAGCGGCCUCGGUGCCUCGAACAGUGGCCGUGGCAGCUGUGGCGCCAUCUACGCCUCUCCCCACUGGACCAGAAGUCACGCCUAACCGCUCCACAACACCGUGGCGGGUCGUGGUGUCCUCGGGAAUGCAUGGAGGCAAAACUACUACAACCAACUCGAGAACCCAGACAACCCCAGCGGUAUUCCAGGUCAAUUCCACCUCCGCUCCGGUAACUGGCAUGAAGAGGAGGUACCUGGAGGAGGCCAGGGAGGGGAAGGAACAGCAGGAGGGGUCUUGUGGGAGAACGAAGCGCUUCCUCAUGUCCUUCUCCACUCCUGUCCCUCACCUGGUGCUUAUGAGUUCGAGUAAAGGGCGACUCCGUGCUAACCUGGCUGAUAUUGUGUAAUAGUGAGUGGUGGUAUGUGUGUGUGUGUGUGUUAUGUGGGGCUAUGAGGUGUGUGGGGUGGUGAUUCUCUCUCUCUCUCUCUCUCUCUCUCGUAUUGUAAGGACAUAUUUAUUGUGAUGAUUGUAUAUUGUGUGGAUGCCUUACUUAAUUACCCCUUAUAAUAGGUCAGGUAUACUUACAGACGGAUUAUACAUGUUGUUAUUGUUACUAGUCAUCAUUGUUACUGCUAUAUGCAUAUUUUUUUUUUAGAAUUUAACAUUUCCCAUUGUAUAAUACUCGUAAAUUUUCCAUUUCUUCUUAUAUUUUAGUUCUCCAUUCAUUUUGCAAUCUUAGUUAAGUUUUUAUUUCAAGUGGAUAUGAUGCAUUGUGUAUUGGAUCAGACAAAUUCAUAAACCAAAUGACAUCACCAGUUUCAAGGACAAGGAGGAAGAAGGAGAGAGGAGGUAAUUGGUACUGGAUAGGAGUUUCUGGUAAGUAGGGCCAUUGGAAGGAGAAUUAUAGUGGUUGUAAUGGUAGUUCAUAAAAAAUACAUUUUCUUUUACGUUUUCCAAAUUUUCUAUAAUCUGAAUAAAUCUUUACGUUUAU